GGGGGGCGGUAGGGGGCUGCCCGCCGAGGGAGCGAUGACUCAAACCUAGUGGUCAGCACCAGCUCCCAGCUUGCUUUACCGGCUUUUGACAGAUUGCUUUGUGGCUGUUCACCUCGGAUGUGAUUUAUAACUUUCCCCUGCUCUUUCUGCCCCUGCUCGGACUCGCUUUCCCGUUGGAACUUCUUCCCAGAGUGCCCUUGCACUUCUUUCCCAGUCGCCUCUGCGCGGCUGUAAGUAAACUCCCUUUCUCUCGCGUCUACCCAGGUCGAGCUCCCCGCGUGCACACCAUCCUUGUCAUCCUGAAGAGAAACCGGGAACUCAUUAGCAGGUGCUCCUUUGAGACUUUGUGAAUAUCCUGUUCCCCCACAACUGUUAGCAUCCAAUGAUGAGUCUUGGAUGCUGCUAUUACCACAACAAUUAUUUAAUAUGGUCUACUGUGGGGCCUGAGGUCUCACAUUUCUAACAAGUUCAAGGUGAAGCUGAAGCUGCGAGGGACCAAACUGGGCUAAUUCCUGAGUAAGUCAACCAGAAUCCACAUGUCUGGGACCAAGGAAGGAAUUCUUGGAGGCCACGACAGCUUUCCUCCUGCCAGUAGCAGCUGUGUGUUAUGCUUUGGACAGUACCAAUACACAGCAGAAGAGUAUCAGUCCAUCCAGAAUGCUCUGAGGCAGAGGCUCGGCCCAGAAUACAUAAGUACCCGUAUGGCUGGAGGAGGCCAGAAGGUGUGUUACAUUGAGGGUCACCGGGUAAUUAAUCUGGCCAAUGAGAUGUUUGGGUACAAUGGCUGGGCCCAUUCCAUCACACAGCAGAAUGUUGAUUUUGUUGAUUCAAACAACGGCAAGUUCUACGUGGGAGUCUGUGCAUUUGUGAGAGUCCAGUUGAAGGAUGGUUCAUAUCAUGAAGAUGUGGGCUAUGGUGUGAGUGAGGGCCUCAAGUCAAAAGCCUUGUCUUUGGAGAAGGCCAGGAAGGAGGCAGUCACAGAUGGGCUGAAGCGAGCACUGAGAAGCUUUGGCAAUGCACUUGGAAAUUGUAUUCUGGACAAAGACUAUCUGAGGUCACUAAAUAAGCUUCCACGCCAGUUACCUCUUGAAGUGGAUUUAACUAAUGCAAAGAGACAAGAUUUCAAACCAUCUGUGGAACAAGCAAGAUACAUCAGCUGCCAACAGAACAUGGCUGUGGGGCCCCCAAAACCACUGGAGAUGACCUCCCCUUGCCGACAUAGCCACUCAGAUGAUCCCUGCAUUGUGAUACAGGGAGACAGAGACAGUAGCUCCCGGAACUCAUUCCCACCUGUCACUCUUCCGACUAUGAGGAGGGAUGCCACCUACCAGCGGAAGCUCCGGCAAAAGCAGUUGCAGCAGCAGUUCCGGGAACAAAUGGAGAAACAGCAGCAAGUUCAACGAUCUGCUCCAUCCAUUGAAAAGAAGAAUCAGGCAGAGCCACCAGCGCCUCCUUUGAAGCAUGCCACUUCCAAAGUGGAGGGUGCAGAAUCACUCAUGGAGAGCGACUUCCCUGAAGACAGUUUUGAAAUAUGGGCUAUGGCUCCAGAUGCAGGGGACAGUGUUGUCAAGCCCCUGUCUAGACCAGAACCCCACCAGACUGCUGCCAUACCAGUCCUGAACAACCAGAUGGUGACCCAGAACAGGACCCCACAAAGCCUUUGCCACCAGUAUCCACAUGCAAAAUCUGAACUUUGGCACUUCCAAACUCCCAACAUUAACAUAACAGGCAACUGUGAUUCCUCUAGGAAGAACCAGGACACGAAAAAAAGGAAAUUGGAUCCAUCUUAAAACUCAGGUCACAUCACUGGACUGUCAGAGAAAACUGCUUUUUGGCCAUGGAAUUAUGCAUCAUUCCUAGGGGAUGAGCUUUUAUUUCCAAAGAUUCAACUAUUGGAACUUACUGCAGAUAAAGCUGAGCAGAUGGAAAAUAAGUACUUUAAAAAAGCUUGUCACACACUGCAGUAGGCUUUGGAGAGAUUAAAUACUCUUUCUCGGG